AUGGAUUUUCUUUUUAGACCACCAGUUUUUAAAGGGAAUCUAAAUGAGUAUCCACCAAUAUUUGUAGAUGAAGCUAAUCAAGAUAAACCUGAUCAAACUUUCAUUGUUCAAAAAAUUAAAGAAAAAUUAAAAAAUAUUGAACAGUUUUAUCCAUCAUUACCUCAAAUAUACCACAAUCUUAAAGUAAUGAUCAGAGAUGAAUUCGAAAAAUCCAUCAAAAGCACAAACAGAUUCCAAAUGGUGCCAUUAUCUGGCGAUGAAAAAUUUUACCAAGAAUAUACAUCAGAUAUACCAUUAGAUAAAAUGCCUCCACAGCAGCUAUUCAAUUUUCUCGAUCAACACUUUGAAAAAAUGACAGUUGAACAAUAUCCAAUUUUAUUGAAUUUCGGAUUGUCUCCAAGCACACAUACAUUAUCAAAACUAGCAAUAAUAUCGAAAUUAAUAGCUACACAAACGAAUUUCCCUCUCAAUCAAAAAAUACAAAAAGGAAAUUUUCAAAAAGAUGCAAAUCAGAACGAAGAAGCAUCAGAUCAGAACCAGUUAGUUACAGAAUAUAAACAAAUAAGUGAUCAUCCACUCGAAAAAUGGAAAGACAGCAAAGAAAUUUCAUAUUUAAUAGGAAAAACAAAAAACAAUACAAUUUACAUUGAAUCAUUAGAAGGCUUAUACAUUAUACUUCAAAAUACUGUUGGUAGAUACAUUUUCGAUAUUAAUUCCAAGAAAUAUUAUUUUAAUAACGAAGCAAAACCAAUAAGUGAUAUCUAUCAAUAUGAUCUUGUUGAUACAUCAAUAAUCGAUGGUCAUCUCGUGUUUAUUGGUUUAAAUAAUUAUGAAAUUGUUAUAACUCGGUUUAAUGACGAUCAACUACCAAAUGACGAUAAUGAAUGUGAAGAAUAUAAUAUUGGAGAAACAAUUUCGAUGUCAGAAUCAUCUAUUCGCAUAAUUGAAGAUAAAUUAUAUUUAUAUACUACAGAACAUGAAAUUGUUAUCUAUAAUUUAAAUGAUAUGAACAUUAUUGAAGAAGAACCACGUUAUUAUUUGUUUUCUCACGUCAAUUUCUCAAAUGACGAAAUAUUCCAAAUUAAUUUCAACAAAAACGAAUUAUUUAUUGAUACAAGAAAACUUAUAAUGUCUGAAAAGUAUCUUACAAUGAUUCGUCCCAGUUUUGCAAUCAGUUCAUAUGAAACUGUUUCAUUAAUUAUUGAUGACAUUUUGCAAGAAAUGAUGAAAACUUUUUGUGUGAUAAUAAAAGGCGAAAAUUGUUCGAAUAACUAUGCAGAGAAUCCAGAACAGCAUGUAGAUUACGCAUUACAAGUUAUCAAAGACUUAGAAGAUAAAGAAAUUCCAAGGGAUUUAAUGAAUUUCUUAAAUGUUUUUCUGACAAGAUUUUUUGUAUUAAACUGCCGCCAAAUUUAUUCAAUCAAUAAAAUGGUCAAUGACAGGGACCAACAAAAGAUCACCGCAUUUUUCGGAAGGAUUGUUCCUAACAAGCUUUUGCUAGAGACUUAUGAUAUAUUAAUAAGAACUGUUAAAUAUGGAAUGUAUUGGCCAUUUCUCGUUGAAAAUAUUAAUUAUGAUUAUUUGAAAUACAACGCAAAAGUUGAUUUGUUUAAAUUGCCGCAAAGUAUAUUUUUGUAUUAUGAUAUUUCCAUUAUGAAUUGUAUAGGAGAUGAAGAACAAUGUACUAAAUUCAUUUUGCAAAGGAUAAAUGAUAUGUACCAAUUAGUACAAUUAACAAGAAACAUAAAUAUUAAUCAAAAUGUUUCUUUUUAUGACAAAGAAUUUACUUCUUUUAUUAAUUUCGCUUUCGAUUAUCUCAAGACAUUGAAUCUUGAUAACAAAGAGACAAAAGCAACUGUUAUUUUGGAACAGUUAUUUGCUGUUUUAUCUGUUAUUCCAAUGAGUUGUUCAUUGGCUGAAUGCGUUUUGGAAAAUUUGAAAGAAAUUUCGGAAGAAAAAUCAAAUAUCGCAUACAAAAUUUCACUUUUUGAUAAAUCUUUCAAAAAUUUCAUGAAGUAUUUAAUGAACUUCGCAACAAGGAAUGAUAACAAUACUAAUGAUUUCCCAUGUAUUUCUAUGAAUACUACAAUCCUUGCUCCUGAAAAUAUAUUCGGAGAUAUUGAAACAGUUUUGGAAACCCCUUUCGAAAAAAUCACUGUAA